CCUCUCUCAACUUGAAACUCCCAAAUUACCCCGGUAUGCAAUAAACCUCGCUGCCCUUCGGAAAUUUGACGAUUUUCACAUUUUCUCCUUCCUCCACCGCUAGCCAUGGCGAAAUUGAAGACGGAUUCUCCUCUCGCUCGCCGUAUCGCCCAAUCUUUCAUUCGCUUCCUCGAUUCCGUUGAACCCGCUUCUGGUGUUGAUGCUGAGGGUAUUGACGUAGCCAAGGAAUGUUUGUCAGAGGCAUUCAAGAUUGAAUUGUCAUCUGAAAAUCAAUUAAAUUCUGAAUCAUUGGUUGACAUAUUCAGUUCCUGGGAGACAGUUGGAAGGAGUAACAGCAAUGCUGAUCUUCCCCAUGAGGUGUCUCCAGGAGAUUGUGCAUCCACAUCCUCGGCAGGAAAUGCUGGUGAUGCUCAUCAUCUUAAGCCUUCGUAUUCUCAGGUUGAUGGUUGGAGCAAAGAGGAUCAGACACAUGGAACAUCAAAGGAUGAGCUUUUUGGGCAAUAUUUUGGUGCUUUGGAAAAAAUUCGCUAUUUCAAAAGUACGGCUGAUGGAAAUGAUGAUCAGGCCCAGUUGGAUAGAGCCACACAUAUCUUUCACAAAGCAUUGGAGGAAAUGCAAAGAUCUGGUUGCCAGACUUUUGAUGGAAGAAAUUUGGCUGAGACGUUAAAAUUGCAAGGUAACAAAGCCAUGCAAUUGAAGCUUUACUUGGAUGCCAUAGAGCUGUAUACCUUUGCCAUUGCACUUUGUGAAGAUAAUGCUGUUUAUUACUGUAACAGGGCUGCUGCUUAUACUCAGAUCAACCACUUUGAGGAAGCCAUCAAUGAUUGCCUGAAAUCAAUUGAAAUUGACCCAAACUAUAGCAAGGCUUACAGUCGUUUAGGAUUUGCUUAUUAUGCUCAAGGAAAGUACAGGGAUGCUAUUGAUAAAGGAUUUAUCAAAGCAUUGCAGUUGGAUCCUAAUAAUAGUUCUGUGAAAGAGAAUAUUCGGGUGGCAGAGCAAAAAUUGAGAGAAGAACAACAAAGGGCAGGGCAAAGUCAGAAUUCAAGUUCAAAUCACCACCCUGCAGCAGGAUCAAGAAGCCAUGGCGUGCCUCCACCCUUUACCUCCAUGCCAUUUAACGCUACAGGCCUUCCUGUUGAUAUCACUAGCAUGUUCAUGAAUAUGGCUCCAAAUCUGUCCCCCGGACAGAAUUUUCAUAGUGGUCACGAAGGAACGAGCUCGACUGAUGCACACGAUGAGGCGGAAAUCAGAAUGGGUGGAAACAUUAAUGUUGAUUUAGGUGAACACAUGCCAGAGGAGUUUUCUGGAGCUCUACGGUCUAUGAUGCAGAUGUUCUCAGGUGCAGCACCUCACGGUAAUCAAGAAGAGAAUGUGAAUGGAAGAUCAGCACCAAGUUGAGAUUUUAUAUCUGUACUGCAGACUUUUCUCCAUCGAUAACUGAAUUUUUGCCUUGAUUUUUGGAAAUGAAUGGUGGCCGUAUAUGUAAUGCCUGAUUCUCAAAUACAAGCAGAACAGUGUAUUGUUGUAGGAGUCCAUAGCAUUCUCUCUAUAGCUGCUGUCUCAAUGCAUACAAGCCACUGCUGUUUUGAUAUGUCAUCAAUUUUUUAAGGUUCAAAGGUAAUAUCCGGAUUGGUGAUUA